CCCGGCGGCGGAGGAGGAGGAGGGCGGCGCGGAGGAGGAGGCUUGAGGCGGCCGUUCCCCCCUUUCACCCCGCCCCUAUUCCGACCCCUCGGGGUGGUCUAGAGCGGGACGGGUCUAGCGGGCGCCUUCGCGGCCCCUGGGAGGCUUUAAGUGCUUCUCUUUCUCCGCCGCCGCCGGGCCGGGCCGGGCCGGACCGGACCGGACCGGAGCGCGUCGGUUGCCGAGGCCGAAUGGACGGUUGGUGGUAGCCGCCCUCGCCGCCCCUGCCGCCCCCGCCGCGGGAAAAUGGUGUCGGGGGGCUCGGGGGGCUGCCGCUGCCGCUGCCGCCGCCGGAGGAGGAGGCGCUGCCCGUUUGUUGAAUUUCAAUUUGACUAGUAAUGCCAUUCUGAUGCCAAUAUCGAGAAAAGCAAGCUUACACCAGUUUGACAGCUGUAUUUAAGAAAAAUAGUCACCCCUUUUACAGUGCCUGAAGUUCUUAAAUGAUCGUAUCAAAGCGAGAAGAAUAAACUUACAGAACCAGAUCAAUCACCAUGAAGUUAUAUGUGUUUCUGGUCAACACUGGAAUUACCCUAGCAUUUGACACUGAACUUGCAGUGCAGACUGUGGCAGACCUUAAACAUGCAAUCCAAACCAAGUACAAGAUUGCAAUUCAACACCAGGUCCUGGUUGUCAACGGAGGAGAAUGUAUGGCACCAGACCGAAGAGUCUGCACUUACAGUGCUGGGACAGACACAAAUCCAAUUUUUCUGUUUAAUAAAGAAAUGAUCUUAUGUGAUCGCCCACCUGCUAUUCCCAAAACAACCUUUUCAGCAGAAAAUGAGAUGGAAUUAAAAGUUGAAGAGUCUCUCAUGAUGCCUGCAGUUUUUCAUACGGUAGCUUCAAGGACACAGCUUGCUGUGGAAAUGUAUGAAGUGGCCAAGAAACUUUGUUCAUUUUGUGAAGGUCUGGUCCAUGACGAACAUCUUCAACACCAAGGAUGGAGUGCCAUAAUGGCCAAUUUGGAGGAUUGCACGUUAUCGUACCAAAAGCUGCUUUUCAGAUUUGAUGAUGUCUAUUCAAGUUACCUGCAAUCCAUAGAUGAUAUCAAGCUGAAACUUACACAUUUAGGAACUGCUGUUACGAUAAUGGCCAAGAUUCCGCUGUUGGAGUGCCUAACCAGACAUAGCUACAAAGAAUGCUUGGGAAGACUGGAUUCUACUCCUGAGCAUGAAGGGGCAGAACCAGAGAAAGAAGAGUCAGAAAAAUCCACUGGAUUGGUGCUCUUUUCUGAUGUCCCAAGAGUGAACAGCAAAUCCACGUUAGCCUCAUUUUGCAAGUCAGUGGAACAUUCUGUGGCGGACAACGCGGAGCCUGAAAGUGGCAGUGAAAUCAGGGAGUCUUGUCAGAGCCCUUCCCAGGACAGUGGGACUUCAGAGGAUGUUAAAGAGAGCGAUCUGCCUUCUUUCAAUGUUUCUUUAUUAGACUGGAUAAAUGUUCAAGACAGACCUAAUGAUGUGGAGUCUUUGGUCAGAAAGUGCUUUGAUUCUAUGAGCAGGCUUGAUCCUCGGAUCAUUCAGCCAUUUUUGGCAGAGUGUCGUCAAACUAUUGCCAAAUUGGAUAAUCAGAACAUGAAAGCCAUUAAGGGACUUGAAGACCGACUUUAUGCACUGGACCAGAUGAUAGCUAGCUGCAGCAGACUGGUCAACGAACAAAAAGAACUCGCUCAGGGAUUUUUAGCUAAUCAGAAGAGGGCUGAAAACUUGAAAGAUCCUUCUGUGUUACCUGAUUUGUGCCUGAGUCAUGCAAAUCAGUUGAUGAUUAUGUUGACAAACCACAGAAAACUGUUGGAUAUUAAGCAAAAAUGUACCACUGCCAAACAAGAACUUGCAAAUAAUCUACAAGUCAGACUAAAGUGGUGUUGCUUUGUUAUGCUUCAUGCCGAUCAAGAUGGAGAGAAGCUACAAGCCUUGCUCCGUCUUUUAACAGAGCUUCUAGAACGGGUCAAGAUCGUAGAAGCCCUUAGUACAGUUCCUCAGAUGUACUGCUUAGCCGUUGUUGAGGUUGUAAGGAGAAAAAUGUUCAUAAAACACUACAGGGAGUGGGCUGGUGCUCUAAUCAAAGAUGGAAAACAUUUAUAUGAAACUGAAAAGUCAAAAAGGGAAUCCUUUGGCAAACUGUUUAGAAAGUCUUUUUUAAGAAAUCAUCUCUUUAAAGGACUGGAUUCCUGGCCCCCUUCUUUUUGUACUCGAAAACCUCGGCGGUUUGAUGUUGAGCUUCCAGAUAUUUCAUUAAAUGAUUUGCAGUUUCUGCAGUCUCUUUGUCCUUCAGAAGUACAACCAUUACUCAGGGUUCCCUUACUUUGUGACUUUGAACCUCUACACCAGCAUGUACUUGCUCUACAUAACCUGGUAAAAGCAGCACAAAGUUUAGAUGAAAUGUCACAGACCAUCACGGACCUACUGAGUGAACAAAAAGCUUCUAAUAGUCAAGGAUCCCCCCAAUCUGCAACCACACCAAGGAUGGAAAGUACAAUGGGAAUUACAGCUACAACUGCUACCUCGCCUAGAAUUCCUCCAUCACUCAGUCUUCAGGAUCCCUCGUGUCCUCCAGUGUGUCCGUUAGAAGAGUUGUCUCCAGACAGCAUCGAUGCUCAUACGUUUGAUUUUGAAACAAUUCCUCACCCAAACGUUGAACCAAACAUCCUUCACCAAGGAUCCCUGGACUUAGACUCAUUAGCAGAAAGUCCAGAAUCCGAUUUUAUGUCAGCUGUGAAUGAGUUUGUAAUAGAAGAGAAUCUGACCUCUCCCAACCCAAUAAGUGAUCCACAGAGUCCAGAGAUGAUGGUGGAAUCCCUCUAUUCUUCCGUAAUCAAUGCAAUUGACAGUAGGCGUAUGCAAAAUACAAAUGCCGAUGCGAAAGAGGUUUCAGGAGAGCACGUUUCACUAAACGUUCGUUUGGAAAAAUGUCGAGCACUUGCCCAAGAAUCCCAGUUCAGUUUGCGAAACUUCAAGGAUGACCUUUGCCACUUUAGAUCACUUGUACAGAAAGAACAGUGUGACUUUUCCAAUUCUUUGAAAUGUACAGCUGUAGAAAUACAAACUAUUAUAGAAAAAGUAAGACUUUCUCUGGAAAAAACACUAAAAGAGAAACAUGAGAACGAACUCCAGACAUUAAAAAGUGAGUAUGAGACGAAAUUAAAUGCAUUAAUAAAAAAUAGUGAAGAAAAUGAGAAGAAGAUAACAAAAUUAAAAGGAGAUUUGGUAAGUCUUGAAGAAGUUUUACAAAAUAAAGACAACGAAUUUGCUUUGGUAAAGAAUGAAAAAGAUGCUGUUGUCUGCCUGCAGAAUGAAAAAGAUCAGAAGUUACUAGAAAUGGAAAGCACAAUGAAGAAUCAAAAUUGUGAAAUUAAAGAGCUGAAAGAAUCCCGGGAAGUUGUGUUGGAAGACCUAAAGAAGCUCCAUGUUGAAAGUGAUGAAAAAAUACAACUUUUGAGGGCAGAACUUGAGACUUUGGAGCAGAGUCACCUAAAAGAACUGGAAGAUACGUUGCAGAUCCGGCAUUCGCAGGAAUUUGAAAAAGUUUUAACAGACCACAAGGACUGUUUAGAGAAAUUAAAAACUGAAAAUCAGCAGAGACUUGACCAAAUGCAAGAGUCUCAUGCUAUGAUUGUCCGAGAGAAGGAACAACAAUUGCAGGAAUUGGAGUUCAAAGUUUCUGAUUUGUCUGAUUUGAGAUGCAAGUUAGAAGUUGAACUUGCUUUGAAGGAAGCAGAAGCUGAUGAAAUGAAGAUCCUUUUAGAAGAAAGCAAAGUCCAACGGCAGGAAACGUUGAAAACCCUCAUUGAUAAGGAAACCGAAAGUUUAAGAACAGAGAUCAGUAAGUUACACCAGAAGAUCCAAGUUAAUGAUGAGGAAUAUCAAAUGGGUUUGACAGAGCUAAGAACUUUGAUGACAAUCGAGAAAGAUCAGUGCAUUUCUGAGUUGGUGUGUAGACAUGAGGAGGAAUCAAUUUUGCUGAAAACUGAGUUGAAUAAAGUAACUUCUUUGCAGCAACAAGCCUUUGAAAUAGAAAAAAAAUUGAAAGAGCAAACGGAAGAUUUGCAGAGUAGGUUGGAGCGGGAAUUGAGUGCCCUUGAAAAACAAAAAGAUGAAAAAAUGGCCCAACAGGAGGAAAAAUAUGAAGCUAUUCUUCAUCAGCUGGAGGAAGACAAAGAGAAAAUACUUUUGAAACAAGAACAGGACAGAGAGCUUCUUAUCCAGAAGCUUAAUUAUGAGAAAGAAGAAGCGGUGCGGAUUGCCCUCAAGGAAUUCGAGAUACAGAGAGAAGCUGUUGAAAGAGAACUCUUGGAAAAAAUAAAACAUCUCGAGAGUCAAAUAACUGGAAGUCUUCCCAUUGAGUCAACUAGUGAAGAGUCAUCCAGUUUAGUUGCUGAACUUCAAGAAAAACUUCAGGAAGAAAAGGCCAAGUUUUUGGAACAACUUGAAGAACAAGAAAAAAGAAAGAAUGAAGAAAUGCAAAAUGUCCGAACGUCUCUGAUUGCAGAACAACAGACCAAUUUUAACACUGUUUUGACAAGAGAAAAACUGAAGAAAGAAAACAUAAUAAAUGACCUCACUGACAAACUGAAAAACACAAUGCAGCAACAGGAGCGGGAUAAAGAUUUGAUUGAAACACUUUCAGAAGAUCGGGCCCGUUUGCUUGAAGAGAAGAAAAAGCUGGAAGGAGAAGUCAGUAAACUUCGUAGUAGCAGUUUUGUUCCUUCAGCGUAUUUUGCCUCAGAUCCAGAGCCCUGUGGAGCUUGUGCCCCUGAACUCCUCCCUGAUACAGAAAGAUCAGCUUUCGAGAUCGAGGAAGAAGGGCACGUGGAUUCGGCUAUGGAAACCAGCACGAUGGCAGUCCAUGAAAAUGUCCAUAUGCUGUCUGAGGAGAAACAGCGGAUAAUGUUGUUAGAAAAAACAUUGCAACUGAAAGAAGAGGAAAACAAGCGGUUAAAUCAAAGACUAAUGUCACAAAGCAUGUCUUCAGUAUCUGCAAGGCAUUCUGAAAAAAUAGCUAUUAGAGAUUUUCAGGUUGGAGAUUUAGUUCUUAUUAUCUUGGAUGAACGCCACGACAAUUAUGUAUUAUUCACUGUCAGCCCAACCCUAUAUUUCCUGCAUUCAGAGUCUCUUGCUGCAUUGGAUCUGAAACCAGCCUCAGGUUCAUCUAGAAGACCCUGGGUACUCGGAAAAGUUAUGGAGAAGGAAUAUUGUCAAGCCAAAAAGGCACAAAACAGAUUUAAAGUUCCGUUGGGUACCAAAUUUUACAGAGUGAAAGCCGUGCCAUGGAACAAGAAAGUAUAACCUACACAGGAAACUCGAUUCAUUCUGUCACAUUUCUCUGGCUUGUCCUACAGAGCUCAUUCGUCACUCCAAAAAUAGCAGACCAUCUUUUUAUACAGAAGUCAACGUGACAAUAUGCUUCACUGAUGUGCUACAUUUCCCUAACAGGUCACAUUUUAGAAACAAGAAAUCCAUCACAAUCCUAGGCUCAAUUCCAAUUUUUUUACCCAGAUGACUCUAGAAAUGCGGACCAAAUUAGUUCAUUUUCUCAAAGGGCAUACCCUGGUGCAUCGUGGCUUAUUAUUGGCCAUAUUAAUUGCCUGUUAAAUAUACAUUAGCUCGAACUUAGAUGUUAAAUGUUAGUUACCAUUAUUACCAGCAUUUGUCCUUUUGUGAAAUCAUUAUCAAAGUAUGUGCACUCUUUAACACAUUCUUUAUAAUAUGUAUAAAUACAUCAGAACUAUUUAAAGAGGAGUGUCAUUGCAUGCAGAUAAUCAUAUAAUUUUCUUCAAUAUGAGUUUGCCUCUGUAGAUAACUACUACAACUGGUUUCAUUACUUGGGAAAAAAAGCCCUUUGAUGUUUUGAGGAGGGGGAAAAAAAACCAGGAACCCUUGAAUUCGAUUGGCAGAUUUUUUUUUUUUUAAAACAUCAGCCCCAGAUAAUCUGCAGUCUUCAAAAGCACUUUCGACAGAUUGAUCCUAUAGAUUCUGAAGGGAAGACUCUGUGUCAUUUAUAGUUUUAAUGAAGCACUUGAACCUUCCCAACAACACAGAAGUCUUGUAUUAAUCUAUUUAGAAAAAUCAUAUUGAUAAAAUUGUAAUUCAUGGUUGAGUUUCAGGAAAAAAAAAAACCUCAUUGUACAUUAACCAUUCAAAAGUCAUUUAAGUAACAAAUUAUUGUAUUGUAAAAGACAUGUAGAAUUUUAAACAAUAAAGAUUUGAACCUGUAAA